CCUACAAAAACUCUGCGACUCGGCGAACUUACACAUAAAUAUACAUAUAUAUAUAUAUAACGCGGCACAUAUAUACUUGAUCUAAUAUAUUGUACUUAAUAACGACCCAGCAAAGAUCGUUGCUCCCCUCCGACCUGUCUCGGGCGCGCUUCCCCGCACUUUUACUCAUCCCAACCCCCUCCCCGUUUGUAUUCGCUGCAAUCGUCGGUGGUGUAUAUUUUACAGUUGUCAUCGGCACCAAUCGGUUGAGUACGAGUUUAUCGGUAACGGCCAAGGAGGGCCCCGGCUAGUCGUAAACGGAUAUUUGACGCGACUCUGAUAACAGGGACGCGCGCCAGCCCUACAAGUAUACGGAAAAGGACGCCUUGCAUAAGAUUAUUUCUUCCCCCCUCGGUGAAAGUUUAAGUAACCGGAGCGGGCACGAGGUUAUGAAUGGGAAAACGGGACGGCGAGCGCGGAGAUAAGCCGCGAAGGGGAAAAAAAACAAUCACCGGCCCUGAUGGUCCAUCGAGAGAGAGAGGAAAAUAGUCAUCGCUAGCGAGUACCAAUGAAAUCUUCUUGAAAAGCUAGCAUCACCGCGGCCGAGGGAUAUAUGGAGCGAGGAGGCGACAAUUGGGCUUAAUUAGCCAACUCAUUAGGUCGCGCGUGUGACUCAGAAGAAGCGUUAGUAUAUACCGAAAGCUCAAGCGAUGCAACGGGCCGGGGGAGCUCAAAUGCCGCGCCAAGAGUCCAUUACGGAGCCGGUGAAAUUCGCGGAAUGGGCAUAAUAAUAAUAAUAAUAAUAUGUGCACCUCCAACAAAAAUAAUGUAUAGGUGUAUAUACUUGUAGUGACGAUUGGAUUUGUUAUAUUACAUUAUAAUAUACCCCUAUCUACGUAUGUGUUAUAAUAUAAUAUCGUUAAGUGUAUACAACGGCAUCGCAGCCAAUCUCAGAGAGGCGGGCCGGGCGAUCGAUAGCUGACUGCGGGAAUCAUAGGGGAAGGAGUGUCGCCCGCAGUUGAGCCGGCCGAUCCUCGCCAUGAACCCGGGAUGGUCCGUCUCGUCGGUGAUGGUGGCUCUGGUGCUGCUGGUACCACUGGGGGCCGUCAGUGUGGUCGACCAGCCGGCCGACAUCAGCCUCAGCGCCGACGACUACGUGCUCGAUCACGAGGUCACUCGGGAGGAGGCCUUCACCAACGCCCGCAAUUUACGGCUCUAUCCAGGGCCUCGUCCCGGCUGCAACACGUGCACCCCCAAAGAAAUGACCUACUGCCGAGACGGAGGCGUGAUAAACGACCAUUGCUGCUGCGACACGAGCUCCAAUGAGGUAAUGGACUUUGUGGAGCACAAGUGUAUCAUGAGUCCCGAGGGCUGCCAGCUUAGGGAAGAAAAUUGCGAAAGCUACUCGAGAAUAUUCGAAUGCUGUUGUCGCCCUCAUUUGGCAUCUUACUGGAAGGAUUUAGCUGGCAAUGUGGCGUCUAGAAAAACUACGUUCCUCGUAGGAAUGGGCUUGUCGUUGAUGUUGAUUGGCGCGAUCCGAUGACCGAGGCAUAUUUUUCCAGCUACUUUUGUCAGUACCUUUGUUUACGUCAUCGAAAAGUGAUAGGUAGUGCAAUGACAACGAGUAUAUACAACGAUACCGGCUUCUUUGAAAAGAAGCAAAAUUAUUGAAGAAGAAGCCUCGAGUGAAUGACUUGAAAAUGUGAACAUGUAAAUAUUUUUACCGUACGACCAAUGAAUUUUCAUUAAUGGAUUACAAUUUAAUUUUAGUUCUAUCAGCUGUUGACAUUGAAAGCGUUGUUAAGUGUCAAUGAUUUUAUUGUUCCAUACAACAAUCGAUGAGGCCUUUGAAUUUUUCUACUUGUGAAUUUAUAAAUUUAUGAGAAAAUCUCGAGGGUAGAAUUUAUAAACGUCAUUAGCGAAUUUCUACUUGGACGGUAGAGCAUAGCUCGUAGUAUAAAUUAACAAAAGUUGAGAAUCGAAAAGAUUGGAUUUUGUUUUGUAUUAUUUGUAGAUGUGUGUGUGUGUGUGUAUGCAUAACAUAUGCACAGGUUACCUUUGUUACGCAAAACUUUAUUUCCAUCACGCAAGCUAUUGUUAUAAGGCUCUAAUCUAUUAUGUGAGCUGUUGUACAGUACUUGGAGUUUUUAUUGUGCUCUUUUUAUUGUAUCCUAUACACGAGAAUGCGUUUUCUCGUAUGCUUGACUCUACAGAUUAUGUCUCGGAUUGAUGUUUUAUAAUUCACUUUACAACUAAGAUUUGUGUAAAUAUUGUACAUGAAUAAGGAGGUGUUUUUCGAGAGCAAAUAAAGUUAUUUUUUGACCGAUAUGCCUAAAUGUACGUUUAUUUGGUACGACCAGCAAAAGUGCAAUAUUGGAAUCAAUCAAUUUCCUUGACAAAAGUUUGG